GGGUGCUUCCGUCUCCUCAAUUGCUCUUUCACUUUGCCAUCACUCGGGGAAGUAGAGGGCUGGUGGCCGUGUCGAGAAGCGGUACCGAGGAGUGAGCUCAUACGAAGCCGCAGCCAUGAUCCGCUUUCUGCUCCUUGCCUGCACUGUCGGCGCGUCGCUCGCCAGCGACGUGAUCGAGCUGACGGACGACGACUUCGAGGAUCAGAUCGACGACUACGACUUGGCCCUGGUCGAAUUCUUCGCUCCCUGGUGUGGCCACUGCAAACGAUUGGCCCCAGAAUAUGAAACUGCCGCCACUAGGUUGAAAGGAAAAGUUCCUCUAGUUAAAGUUGACUGCACUGCAAAUUCAAACACAUGUACCAAGUAUGGAGUUAGUGGUUAUCCAACUUUGAAGAUAUUCCGUGAUGGUGAAGAAUCUGGGUCUUAUGAUGGUCCUAGAACAGCGGAUGGUAUUGUCAGCCAUUUGAAGAAACAGGCAGGACCCAGCUCUAUUGAAAUUAAAACACUGGAAGAAUUGGAGAGUUUUAUUAAUGACGCCGAUGCUUCAGUUAUUGGUUUCUUUGCUGACCCUUCUAGUACAUCGCAGGCCGAUUUUCUUAAAGUUGCAAGUGCAUUGAGGGAGAGCUACCGUUUUGCUCACACCAACACAGAAGAACUAAUUAAAAAAUAUGACAUUAAGGAUGAAGGCGUUAUCUUGUUCCGACCUCCAAGAUUAGCAAACAAGUUUGAGAGCAGCACUGUUCAAUAUACAGAAGCAAAGUUCUCAAAUGCAAAAAUAAAAAGAUUUGUUCAAGACAAUAUUUUUGGUAUCUGUGCCUUCAUGACUGAGGACAACAAAGACCAAUUAAAGGGAAAGGACCUGCUGGUAGCAUACUAUGAUGUAGAUUAUGAAAAGAACCCAAAAGGUUCCAACUACUGGAGAAAUAGAGUGAUGAAGGUUGCUCAGAAAUUCCUGGAAGCUGGUGAAAAUCUGCAUUUCGCUGUUGCCAGUCAUAAAACCUUUGGCCAUGAGCUCUCAGAAUUUGGCUUGGAUACUGUCAGUGGUGACAUUCCUGUAGUUGCUAUUAAAACAGCAAAAGAUGAAAAAUAUGUGAUGCAAGAGGAGUUCUCGCGUGAUGGAAAAGCAUUGGAGCGUUUCCUUGAGGACUACUUCGCUGGUAAACUGAAACGUUACUUGAAGUCUGAGCCAAUCCCAGAGACAAAUGAUGAACCUGUGAAGGUUGUAGUAGCUGAGAGUUUUGAUGAUAUUGUAAAUGAUGAAACCAAGGAUGUCUUGAUUGAAUUUUAUGCUCCUUGGUGUGGCCAUUGCAAGAGCCUUGAGCCCAAGUAUAAAGAACUUGCAGAGAAGGUGAGCAGUGAUUCCAAUAUUGUAAUUGCCAAGAUGGAUGCUACAGCCAAUGACGUGCCUUCACCGUAUCAAGUUCAAGGGUUCCCCACAAUUUAUUUUGCGCCAAUGGGUAAAAAGAAGAGUCCAAAGAAAUAUGAGGGAGGCCGUGAAGUUAAUGACUUCAUAAGCUACUUGAAGAAAGAAUCCACACAUCCUCUGAAUGCAGUGGUGGAAGAAAAGAAAUCCAAGAAGAAGAAGAAGGACAAGGAAGAUCUGUAAAUGACUGGAAACAGCACAGCUGCUAACAUUGUUAUGCAAGGAUUAAUUGGAGCUGGGGUUGGGUUUAGAGAUUUGGUGGUGGUAUAGUCACUUUCUAAGAGGAUCAGCAGUCUGCCAUACCAGUUCCAUUUCUGUAUCAAUUUUACGAUGCACUAUCAAUGAGUUACUGAUUCAAAAGGGGGCAGAAAUUCAGGUUUUGUUUUGGUCUCAUUUUGUACUGGUGAAUGUUUUUUGUACAUUUUGAACAAUAAACCCCUUUAAACCAAACUGAUUCCAAUGCACUAUGUUGCAGAGUAACUUUAUAACAUGUUGUACAUUUUCAGUUUCAUAUCAUCAGAUGGGGUUUUAAUUUCAAAACAAGUGCAGGUACAGCCCUUCAAGCUUCUCAGUGAUAAAUCUUGAGUGAUAGUUACAAUACCAGAAAUCAACUCACCCUGUCAUCUAGUAGAGGUAGAUAUUUAAGUCACAUCAGUGACAUCCUGUUUUCUAAUUUCUUCCUGCCUGAUUUGUUGAAUGGUUAAAUAAUUGCAUCUACUGAUGGCUGCGGGAAAUAACUGUAUGAACUGUAGCUUCCCUCUGAGUAAUUUUGUGGAUGAUCUAAAAGUACACUACAUAUUAGCCCAAGCAUCUUAUCAUUACUGUCUACUGGGUCUGUGCAAAGCAAGAUUUGAGGUGGGUGUACUUGAGCAUAGCCAUGACUGGAGAAUAUCUGUGGUUUUAUUACAACCCUUCAACCUUUAUUGACUCCCUCUUUUAGCACACCUUCUGAAAUAGGAUGGAUUACUAUCUCAAAAUUGUUGGAUGGUCCUUGUGGAGAGAUUUUUAUGGCUGUCAUUAAAAUUAUUUAAAAAAAAAACUUACCUUCCAAAGAGUGACAUUCAUCCUGAAGGCAAUGUUCAGAAGUGUGGCAAAUCAGUUGGCUCUAAAUUUAGUCUGAGAAUCACCCACCUGAGGUGACAAUCCUGGAGUACAGCAAUAAAAUGGUACAAUAUCACUGCUCAAUUCUUCAAACUCUGCAUCUAACACAUUAGACCUCAUCGAUCAUCAAUCAUCCAUGUCUUUCAUUGAUCAAUAAUUUGGCAAGAAAAUCUGCUAGUUAGUAAUUUCUGCCCCUAAAAAAUGGUCAUUUUAUUUCUAGACAGAGCUGAACAAGGAUAAUUCUGUGGUUAGAAAUCAUUCUUCCAUGCUGAAUAUAACACUUUAGAAAAUGGUACCAGUUGGAUGGAAAUGAGAAGCUGGAAGACCUUGUUUAAGUGUAAUGAGUAAAGUGUUUAAUGUAUUUUAAAUAAUCGAGGCUCCGAAAUAGAAAUGCAUUGCUAUAAAGUUUGGAGAUGAGUUGAUAGUCUUAAAGAGAAGCUGGACAUAAUGCUUGAAAGUGUGGUUGUGUAAAAAUGAAAUAAAUACUUAAAUGUACAGAGGUGAAUGGAAUUGGAUAGAUGCAAGGAACAAGGAGCUGAAUCUCCUGAAUUAUUGCACAGAGCCAUGCUUGUAUUUCAGUUUAGAUAGUUAAUAAGGCAGCUCCUGUGUUUUACCUUACAUAGUUACCAGUGUACAUAAAGAGCAGAUAAAGCUCUUAAAUAAUAGAGGGCCUUAACGAAGCUUGACAAUUCAAGAGGGGAAUUGAAAAGUGGUGUAUUGAACAGCUGGACUGUAAAAUGCUGGGUAACUUAAAAUUCAAAAUGCCAAAUUGGUUUAAUGUUCAGAUUGGGUAGUAAAAGGAGUUGAGAUGUAGCUCAGACUUAAUGCAAUUGCUUAUUUGCUUCUGCAGCUUUGCUCUAACCAUCUUAAAUCCUUACAACCAAUGUAAUUUUAUAGUUUUGCAUAGGUUUAAUUUCAACUAGCCACACUUGGGAAAGCAGGAAGGCAUUAUCAUCUUUGCACCACCUCUACAUCACAUUUUGGGAUGAAGCAGAUCAGUGGCAACCUUGUCAUGAGAUUUAAAAACUUGUUGAAUAACUUGUUGCUAAAGAGCCCCAAAAGAGUAUUCUGCAAUUGUUCAAAAAGUAAUUUGAAAAUUAAAUAUUGCUGUAUUAAUAACAAAUGCUUUGGAAUAAAAACCCUUUCUUGAACAAUUGACUGAGUGAUAUAUAACCUUGGAAUUAAACUGAAUUCAAUCAGUUUAAAAAUGUACUGCACCUUAGCUCAAAAGGUCAAGCAAUGUGGCCACAUGACAAUCAUUAAGAUUUUAUGCUUAGACUUGAGAUCUAGUCAAAAUUAUGGCUAUAUUACAUGUGCACAAAUCAAUUUGAAGUAUGUUAAGUCAAAUUUGCAGCACAUUUUGAACAACUUUAUUUUGGUACAGCAUUACUGAAGUACUAAAACAUUUCAAAGUCAUGAAUGUAUAAAAUUGGAAACUUACAAGGACAACUAAUUGAAUUUGUCUUUGUGCAAACAUUGACACUGAAAUAUUGAAUAAAUUAAUGCAGACUUGCCAGUGAAUAUAGAGGCAGUGGUGAUCACAGAAUUAACAAAUUUCAAGCAAUGUAUGAAAUUGGAAUUCUAUUCAAUUAUGGAAUACUAUUAGAAAAUGUAAAAAUCAGGGCAAGAUGGUCUGUAUCAAUAUUUAACAAACCAAUUUAAUAUUUACAUAAUAACCUUGCCACCAAAAUUGCACGUCACUUUGACCUUUGAGGGAUUUGUGUGCCAUAGUACUCAUUGCAAUGGAAAAAGGAAAUCUGUAAAUGCUGGAUGUACAGUAAUGGCCUGCUCUUCCAUCUGCUGCUUUUUGCAAACUUCACUGUAAAUCAAAGCCCUGUCAUUUAUGAACUAUCUUAAUCUUGAUGUAACAACACACUGAAAAUUUUACAUUAUAUUGUCUGAGUUUUCAAAACAUUCAACAAGUUGACCCUUAACCAUUUUUAUAUGUGCCUUGCCGUUCCUACAUAUUUUUGAAAUUCCAUGGAAUUUAAAAUAAAAUGUAUUUUCUUUACUCAAAA